UUGGGCUCGCAGGAGGCCCGUGCAGUCGAUUUUUUCUGGUAGUUCGAUUCCGUCGAGCUUGCGACAGUCGCUUGACGUGAGAUUCCAGCAAAACGCUGCCAUAUCCCGUCUUUCUCCUCUUUUUUAAUUCCAGAACAUACAGCCGACAUCCACACAAGAUGAUGUCUCUCCGGACCAUCGCGCGCUCUGCGCCCCGAGCUCUGGCGCGCGCAUCGACCGCAUCUGCCGCUCUCUCGCGUUGCCAGCGGACGAGCAGCAGCCUCCUCCGAGCCCGCCCGACCUCGUUCCUGCGCACGCAACAAGUCUCGGCCUUCUCGACGUCGCUCUACAGGAGGGCCCCGGCCGGUGAGGUGGACGAGGAGCUGUCAGCGAAGCUGGCCAGCGAGAUCGAGUUCGAGAACGACGUCAACCAGAACGAGCCGCUGCCGGCCAGCGUCAAAGACUUCCUCGAGAACAGCCCGUUCAAGGUGGAGGACAUCCCCGGCAAGGAGGAUGUCACGCUGACGCGCACAUUUGGCGAUGAGAAGAUCACCGUCUCCUUCUCGAUUGCCGACCUGCACAACUACGAGCCGGACAUGUUGGAGGACCAGGCCAUGGAGGACGAGCUGGACGAUCUCGAGAGCGGCCGCAACUCGCAGGAUCAGCGCGGUGCCGCCGACCUCGCGCAGGAGGCCAACGAGGACCUCGAGGCCGGCUCGGACGAGGCGGCCGUGCCGUGCCGUCUCAACAUCGUCAUCGAGAAGCCCGGCAAGGGCGCGCUCAACGUCGAGGCGCUCGCGCAGGACGGCGCCAUCGUCGUCGAGAACCUGUACUACUACGCAGACCCCAAGCUGGCGCACAGCACCGACGCCAAUGCGGUGCACGCCGCCCAGGAGACGUACCCCGGCCCGCCGUUCGGCAGCCUCGACGAGGACCUGCAGAUCCUGAUGGAACGGUACCUCGAGGAGCGCGGCAUCACCCAGGCGCUCGCCCUGUUUGCGCCCGACUACAUGGACGUCAAGGAGCAGCGGGAGUACAUGGCUUGGCUUAAGAACGUCAAGUCGUUCAUCGAUGCCUGAGGGGCGAUGGCCGAGGCGGAUCAACGGGGGAGCCCGCAUGGGCGCUGUGCGAUAUGAUUGUAAUUUCUCAACUUGCCACUCUACCAGAUGCCCAAUGGAUGUACGAUAGACUCAGCCCGCCUGGAGGGAAAUUCUCUAUGAUAAUGCAUUAUGCCCGUGUAACCUGACAGAGUCCAAACCACGGAAGAGGAGAGAGACAGGGAGCUUCAGCCCAGCGCCAUCUGCUUAGUCAUUCAAUGGGCGGCCAG